UGUAGGCGUCAUUCCACCUAGUUCUAUUUCUAUGCGCGUCCAGACGUCAUCAUCACGCGUCGGAAGUGUUUCCAGCAUCAACACACAUGUAGCGCUACAGAGUGGAGAGACACUACCGCAGAGAUCAGCGACACUGAUGGACACACACACCUCCGGGAAGAGCAAACCUCUCAAAGACACGCGGCGGCAUGUGAAGACGAGGGACAACCGCAGGCAGGGCGAGCUGCACGGGCCCUCCACCGUCUAUGUGCAGGUAGCGGGCGCCGGGAGUCGAGAUAAUGGCGCCUCGCUGUAUGUCUUCUCCGAGUAUAACAGGUAUCUGUUUAACUGUGCUGAAGGAACACAGAGACUGAUGCAGGAACACAAAAUGAAAAUUGCUCGUUUGGACAACAUCUUUCUCACCAGAAUGAGCUGGGAGACGGUCGGCGGUUUAUCAGGGAUGAUCCUGACCCUCAAAGACACGGGAGUCCCUCAGUGUGUCCUGUCAGGACCGCCACAGCUGGAGAAAUAUUUACAGGCCAUACAAGUGUUUUCAGGACCGCUGGAAGACAUUAAACUUGCUGUCAGACCGUUUACUGAACCUCAAUAUAAAGACAACACGAUGACCGUCACUCAAGUUCCUCUCUUCUCUGAGUGUAAGGCCGAGGACGGCAGACGUUCCCCAGGCUCUGGAUGCAGCAGCAGUCCUAACAGCAGCCAGAAGGGACUGGAGGACAUGGAGGAGAGUCCGAGUCAGAACGCUGGCAGGAGAUCAGCGAGUCCAGAAGGCAAAGAAAAGAUCACUAGAGAUUCAUCUCUCGUGGUGGCUUAUGUUUGUAAGUUACACCCCAAGAAAGGGAACUUUCUAGUACUGAAAGCUAAAGAGAUGGGCCUGCCGGUAGGAACAGCAGCCAUUGGACCCAUAAUUGACGCUCUGAAAGCUGGGAAAACUGUCACACACGACGGAAAAGAGAUCCGGCCUGAGGAGCUGUGCACUCCAGCUGAUCCUGGACCUGUCUUCAUAGUGGUCGACUGUCCGUCAGAGGACUUCAUACAGCCGCUCUGCACCAAUCACGUCUUACAAAGGUAUCAGACUGGCGGAUCUGAGGACUCGGCAGCUCUCGUGGUUCACAUGACGCCAGAGGCAGUGCUGAACACGGAUCAGUACAAGAGCUGGAUGGAGAGGUUUCCCAGCAGCACGGAGCAUCUGGUGAUGAACGAGCAGACGUUCACGCCACACAACGCCCGCAGUCACAAAAUCCAGACGCAGCUCAACCUCAUCCAUCCGGAGAUCUUCCCUCAGCUCAAACUCUACAAAAGCAAAGAGCCGCAGGCUUCUCUAAACGUUCCCAACGUCAGAGCCGAAUGUCUGCUCAAGUUUCAGCUUCGGCCCAAACUGGAGUGGCAAAGAGAUGCCAUCCUGUCCUGCGACUCUGAGGAGUUUGUGAAGGAAGCAGCCGAAGUGCCAAACUUUCUGGAGGAAGUUGAGGAAUGCAGAAAGUUCCAGGUGGCUGCGUCCGUCUCCACGUCUGGUGAGAAGUUUCCUGAGAUCGUGUUUUUGGGCACCGGCUCGUCCCUGCCGAUGAAGAUCAGAAACGUCAGUGGAACUUUAGUGAACAUCAGCCCAUCUCAGUCGCUGCUGUUGGAUUGUGGGGAGGGAACGUUCGGCCAGUUGUGUCGUCAUUAUGGCAAUGAUGUGGAUGAAGUCCUCUCCAAACUCUCCACCAUCUUUGUGUCGCACCUGCACGCAGAUCAUCACACGGGUUUGAUUCAUUUAUUAUUGGAGCGAGAGAGAGCUCUGAUGAGUCUUGGAAAAGCGUUCAGCCCCGUGGAUCUGAUCGCACCCGUACAGAUCAUGAUGUGGUUGAACCAGUACCACGACCACUGCCAGCAGAUCCUCAGCCAGAUCAACAUCAUCCCAUCAAAGUUUUUGUGUGACGGUGCCGAGAUUCCCAAAGCCAAGACCAAAUCCUUCAUUCAGACUGUCCUGAAGAAGAAUGACCUGGUCAAGUUUCAGACGUGUUAUGUUCGUCACUGUAAGAACGCGUUUGCCUGCAGUUUGACGCAUCAGUCUGGCUGGCAGCUUGUGUUCUCUGGAGACACCAUGCCCUGCGAAGCCGUCGCCAAUAUGGGCAAGAAUGCAACACUUUUGAUUCAUGAAGCCACGCUGGAGGAUGGGAUGGAAGAAGAGGCGUUAGAGAAGAGACACAGCACCACGUCUCAGGCAAUUGGCAUGGGGAUGAAGAUGAACGCUGAAUUCAUCGUGUUAAAUCACUUCAGUCAACGGUAUGCUAAGAUCCCUCUCUUCAACGACGACUUCAACAGCAAAGUGGGCAUCUCGUUUGACCACAUGAGGAUUCGAUUUGGAGAUUUCCAGAUGCUUCCGCGGCUCAUUCGGCCUCUGAAGGCAUUGUUUGCAGAGGAGAUUGAAGAGAUGGAGGAGAGGAGAGAAAGGAGAGAGAUGAAGAAGAGCAUUGAGCCUCCAUCUAAUGGAGAGUCUGGAACAAGCCGCCAACUUGAAGAGACAAGCAGAGGUGCCAAGAGAGAGCAAGAUGACCUCAACCAAGAAGCAGCCGUCAAACGACUUAAGACAAACUGAUGGGCAACCAAUCAGGGUGAGGAUUAGAUCAGCUCAACCUAUCAGAAGACAGGCUGGGGAAAAACUAAACCAGUGGGCUUUAAAAUAUAUAUCAUAAAAUCCAUGUUGGGUCGAAGUCCAACUGGGUGAGAUUAAAGCAGCUGGAGAUUAAUUUGAGUUUCAAGCAUACUCAGAAAUACAGUGUAUCGGUUCCUGGCUGGGAACAGAACUGGAAUCUGUCCCGCUGCUAUUGAUUCUGCUUCCAGCUUGACCAUGGUGCCGGUGGGAAAGUACACUACCAUAGAUUUUUGAAAUGUUUGUCAUUUUAAUUUCAGCCUUCAGCACUGAAGAAAGACAUUAUUUUUUUGUUAUUUUCAUACAGUGAUGGAGUUAUGGAGAAUUCCACUUCAGUUUGAAUCGGGCUGUUUUUUUUUGUGAGUAAACUGAGUGCAGUGGUGUGUGAAAAAAGGCACUUGUACAUUUUUCUGUAUGUAAUUUUAUUUUAUGUCCAUGAAAUGGCUGAUCAGCUUAGGCUUUUCUAAUUAUUUUAGGGAAAUAAACAUAAACCUGGAUAA